AUGAGGGCAACGCAGCUCGCUCCCAAUCAGCCUCUUGCCUUUAUGCGCCAAGGUGCUGCGUGGCUGGCGUUGGGCAAGAAGGACGAAGCCAAGGCCGCCUUCACCCAAGGCUACCAAGCCGCCACCACCACAGGCAGUAGCGCUACCACCACUCCCCUUGCGUCCUCCUGCGUUGACCUUGAAUUCGCUCUGCGCCUGCACUCGCUCUCCAUCGACCCCUCCUCCCCCCUAUCCCCAACGCCCAAGCUCUCUUCUCCCUCUCAGCAGACUCCCUCUGCAAACGCGCUGCCUGCGUCUCCUUCCUCUGCGAAUCCACCUCGCACACCGUCCCCCUCGUCCUCACAUCUUGCCCCUGCUGCUACUUCUGCCGCCCAGAACGGAUGUGUCAAUUCCGGCAAGCUUGACGAUGCUGUCAAGACCUUCAAUCAGGUUCUGGAGACAGACGGGCGGGCAUUGGGUGCGCUGGUGGGACGGGGCACAGCACGGGCUCUGCAGCGCAAGCUCAAAGAGGCCGUUGCUGAUUUCACUGCUGCGAUUGAGAUUGAGCCGCGAGCAGCAGAAGCGUGGAAGCGGCGAGCUCAGGCCAGGGCUGCUCUGGGGCAGAUGGACGAGGUGAUUGAGGAUUUCACUCGAGCGUUCACCAUUGAUCCCUCGUCUACGGAUGUGCUAGCUGAGAGGGGAGUGGUGUAUGUGAAGCAGCGCAACUACCGUGCAGCCAUUUCGGAUCUAAAGACCGCUCUGGAUUCCAAUCCCAAGGAUGCCAACGCGUAUAACUUCCUGGGUCUGGCGCUGACAGGCACAGGAGCGUGCAUGGAGGGCGUUGCGGCGUACAAGAAGGCUGUGGCCCUGCGCCCGGACUUCAAGGACGCGUGGGUUAACAUGGGGCAGGCUUAUAAGGAGUACGGCGAUGCAGAAAACGCAGCCAAGUGCUACCAGAAGGCGCUGGACGCGGAUUCAAACUUUGCGACGGUGUACCGCUACUGGGCGCUGCUCAAGCAUGGGGUGGGCGACCACAGAGGCGCGUCACAGAUGGCGCAGAAGGGGCUGAGGCUGGAGAGGAGCAACAUCGAGCUCAUGUACUCCUAUGCCUCCUCCGAGCAUGCUGUUGGAGAGUACGCUACUGCGGUGCGCACAUACGAUGAGAUGUUGGGCGUGGAGACAGACUCGGAGUCGAAGCUGCUGCAGUUCCUGGGCUUCUACCAGCGCGAGAUCGCCCUCUACACUCUCUCCAAGCACGCCCAGCCGCUCGCCCACUUCAGCCUUGACAGGGACCUCGACCCCUUCUUCAAGGAAGCCUGGUGCAAGAAGCUGCCCCCGACGCUCCUCUUCCCAGGCUACACCACCCAGCCAGUCCCUCCCUCAAUCGCCGUGCGUCUGGGCAAGAAAGGCUCCUCAUCUGCAGGGGGCAGCAGCGGUGGUGGCAGCGGCGGCAGUGGUGGUGGUGGCGGUGGUGGUGUGGGCAAGAGCAGUGGGAAUCCCGAGGUGCAGAGGCUGCUGGAGUUGGCUGAUCGGAUAGGCCGGCUCACGCAGUACUCGUGCCCUGGCUUCCAUGCCAACGUCCGCCAGUAUCGCAUGGCGGGCCUUGCUGCCAUAGAAAUAGCCCAGGCUCUGUCAGAGCCGUGUGACCCGGCUGUAUGGGUGGACAUGCUCACGGAGAAGGAGUUUCGAGCGGGCUUUGGCUCGCACACGCCCAUUCUGAUCGGCCAGACCAAGGUGGUGCGCUACCAUGCUAACUUCGACCGGGCGUUUGCGAUAAUGAAGGAGGAGAUGCUGCAGUCGGGUGCGGUGCACAACGCUGCCAACAACCGAGUGUCCGUCGUUGCACCCGCCCAGAAAGCAGCUGUGGCGGCAGCAAAGGCAUGUGAGGAUUUGUACCGGGUGGUUGGGGAGGACUUCUGGAUUGUCACGCCCUGCUACAGCAUGGUGGACCCGGGUCCCUUUCGCUAUCUCGCUUCCAUUGUCCUCUUCUCGUCUCCCAUGAAUCACCCUAGCAUACUCACACUGUCCUCCUCAACCUCUUUCCUUUCAUGCCCCUUCCUUAAUAACGCUGUUUCUCUCACGCCCCAUCUCCCUGCACUCGCCCAUCUCCCUGCACUCGCCCAUCUCCCUGCACUCGCCCAUCUCCCUGCCCUCGCCCGCAGUCCCACGGGGUUUGACUUUGCCAUCCGCACGCCCGGCACGCCGUCACGCUGGGCGGACUAUGAUGCAGAGAUGGCGGCUGCAUGGGAGGACGUGUGCGCAGUGGUGGGGGAGAAGAUGCAAGGGGGGGCAUGGAGGCCGCCUCUGGGUCCCUCUAUGGCGCGAUUCCAGCGAGCUGUGCUGCGCCUCGCCUACUACUGGUACAACUUCAUGCCACUGGCACGGGGAACGGCCAUGGUGGGGUACGUGGUGACGCUGGCUCUCUUCCUCGCAGCCCAGCUGCAAGUCACCGCCACCAUCCCACCCAAACUGCAGGUGGACUGGGAGGCGAUUCUCUCAUCGCGCUUUGAAACAUUUGCCUCAGCAGUCAUGCCAUGGCUCUCCCCUUCAGUCACGCCCCUCACCGACCCCACACUGUCCUCCUUCCCAUCGCUCACCUCCACCCUGCCCACCGUCGCCUCGGCCGUUGCCGCCCUCUCGUCGCCGCCCAUGUCCUCCCGUGCUCCCUCUGCUACUCGCUCCUAG